GCUACCGACACUGCGAAGCAUCAUGGCGGCGAGCAUGAAGAACGUGGAAGAGAUCCGGACCCGGGUCAUUCUGGGGGAGUUCGGCGUGAAAAACACUCACACCACUGACUUCCCUGGAAACUACCCCGGGUACGACGACGCCUGGAGCAUGCAGAAGUUUCAGCAGAACUUCCGGAUCGACGUGGUGCACCUGGACGACAGCAGCAUGGAGUUCGAUAUGGUGGGGAUCGACGCCGCCAUCGCCAACGCCUUCCGGAGGAUCCUGCUGGCGGAGGUUCCCACCAUGGCCAUAGAGAAGGUGUUCAUCUACAACAACACGUCCAUCGUCCAGGACGAGGUGCUGGCCCACCGGUUGGGACUGAUCCCCAUCAGGGCGGACCCCCGUCUGUUCGAGUACCGGAACACAGGCGAAGAGUCUGCGGAGGACCAGGGCUCCGAGAUCGACACCAUCCAGCUGCAGCUGAAGGUGAAAUGCAGCAGGAACCCCCGAGCCAGCAAGGACUCCUCCGACCCGCGGGAGCUCUACCUCAACUCCAUGGUCUACUCCAGGGACAUCCAGUGGGUCCCGGUGGGGAACCAGGCCGACGUGUUUGCGGACUGCCGGAUCGGGCCCGUGCACGACGACAUCCUGAUCGCCCAGCUGCGGCCGGGCCAGGAGCUGGACAUCACCAUGCACUGCGUCAAGGAAUCGGUGGGGGCUGAUCACGCCAAGUUCUCCCCGGUGGCCACGGCCAGCUACCGCCUCCUCCCGGAGAUCACCAUCCUGGAGCCGGUGGAGGGCGAGAAGGCCGAGCGGCUGAAGCGCUGCUUCUCCCGGGGAGUCAUCGACCUGGAGGACGUGGACGGGAGAAAAGUGGCCAAAGUGGUGAACAGCCGUCUGGACACCUGCAGCCGGGAGGUCCUCCGACACGCAGACCUGAAGAACCUGGUGAAGCUGGGACGAGUGCGGGACCACUUCAUCUUCACCGUGGAGUCCACUGGGAUCCUUCCUCCAGAUGUUCUGGUUACAGAAGCCAUCAAAGUCCUCAUGGCCAAGUGUCAGCGCUUCCUCCAGGAGCUGGACUCGACGGACAUGGACUGACUUGGAGAGACCUGGUCUGGUCCCCCUCUGGUCCCCCUCUGGUCCCCCUCUGGUCCCCCUCUGGUCUCCCUGGUGUUCCAGAGCUCUAGAGCCUUGAGAUCUAGGAUGAUGUGUCAGAUUUGUUCAGAAUAAGUUUGACUCUUCUGUAAGUAUGUAAAUAUGUGUCUUGAUGGUAUUUGUGUUCCUCACAGAGUUUGAGUUUAUUAAAAAAAAAACA